AUGGAUUACGAGUUGGAAGCUCUCAAUAUGGACUCCACCGACAUCUCAACUCAUGAGUCACGCAUAUCUCGCCUGGAGGAACAGAUAGAAGUCCUCAUGAAAGCUAUGGAAGACAAAACCAGACGACAGUGUACAUUCUGUACGAAAUACCAUGCGCCAGAAGAAUGUCCAUUUUCGAAGCCGGAAAGGUUGAUGUCAAUCCAGAAGAAGGGUUUUCUUGAAGUGUGCCCGACAGCACCGUAA